GGGUGGGGAAAGAGGGUGUCUCUCGCGAUAGCACGCAGCGAGCAUUCGGAGGGUGGGAGGGAAAGUGUGGCGAGGACUCUCGCGAGACUGGAAGGUACCGCGGCCGCGGCGGCGGCGGCGGGCCCGGGAUGGUGGAGAGGCCUUUCAGGACCGGAAGUCCUUCCUCUUGAGCGCCCAAUGCCGGAGGCGGCCUGACUUUCUUUCCCGGAAGCCCUUUUCCAGCCGCGAGGAAGACAGUUCACCUGCCCGGAAGUCCCGCCUCUCGGGGCGUCCCCACCCUGCCAGAAGUUCUCCUGUCACCUGUGCCGGCUUCCGGGCCCCCUUCCCGGGUUUGUCCCUGCGCCCGCGGAGGAUCUGUUUGGUGUCUCCCUCCCUGCUCCACGGGCCGGGCUGGGGACCCCGCUCCCGGACCCAGGGUUCGACCCCCGCGCCCCCAUGUAGCUGGGAAGCGGGGCCUGGGGGUGGUCGGACCCCUGGGAUUCUGAAGGGGGACGGAGAGGGCGCGGAACCCCGCUUGUGCCGCUGCUGCCGGGACGCGGCGUCCUCGGGAUCCCCCCGUCGCUGCCAUGCGCCCCGCGGCCUUCCCGCUUCCUGUGGUCGUGGCCGCCGUGCUGUGGGGAGCGUCCCCCGCGCGGGCGCUCAUCAGAGCGACCUCCGACCACAAUGCCAGCAUGGACUUUGCAGACCUGCCAGCUCUCUUUGGGGCUGCCCUGAGCCAGGAGGGACUUCAGGGCUUCCUUGUGGAGGCUCACCCAGCCAAUGCCUGCAGCCCUAUUGCCCCUCCACCCCCAGCCCCGGUCAAUGGGUCAGUGUUUAUUGCACUGCUUCGAAGAUUCGACUGCAACUUUGACCUCAAGGUCCUGAAUGCUCAGAAGGCCGGGUAUGGCGCAGCUGUGGUCCACAACGUGAACUCCAACGAGCUUCUGAACAUGGUGUGGAAUAGUGAGGAAAUCCAGCAGCAGAUCUGGAUCCCGUCUGUGUUUAUCGGGGAGAGGAGCUCUGAGUACCUGCGUGCCCUGUUUGUCUACGAGAAGGGGGCUCGGGUGCUUCUGGUUCCAGACAAUAGCUUCCCACUGGGGUAUUACCUCAUCCCCUUCACAGGGAUUGUGGGACUGCUCGUUCUGGCCAUGGGAGCGGUGAUGGUAGUUCGUUGUAUCCAGCACCGGAAGCGGCUCCAGCGGAAUCGACUGUCCAAAGAGCAACUGAAACAGAUUCCUACACAUGACUAUCAGAAGGGAGACCAGUAUGAUGUGUGUGCCAUCUGCCUGGAUGAGUAUGAGGAUGGGGACAAGCUGCGAGUACUGCCCUGUUCUCACGCCUACCACAGCCGCUGUGUGGACCCCUGGCUCACCCAGACCCGGAAGACCUGUCCCAUCUGCAAGCAGCCUGUCCAUCGGGGCCCGGGGGAUGAGGAAGAGGAGGAAGAGACACAGGGGCCAGAGGGUGAUGAGGAAGGGGAGCUGAGGGACCAGCCUGCUUCAGAACGGACCCCACUUCUGGGCUCUAGCCCCCCACUUCCGAGUACCUUUGGCUCCCUAGCUCCUACCCCUCUUGUUUUCCCAGGGUCUUCAACAGAUCCCCCUUCCUCCCCUCCAUCUUCUUCAGCUGCCAUCCUGGUCUAAUGUCCCCCCUCAUCCCCUCCCCACACCUCCUGUGACCUAUUUGCACAGCCCCUGAGCCUCUCUCGUCUUGUGUUGAGGGACAGGGGAUCUUCUGCCCCAGGUUGCUCCUUUUUCCAGCCCCAUCCUUUUGAGGGGGCUGGGGGUGUAAAGGGCCUGAGGUCUUCACUUACUCAGUAAAUAAAACUGUUUUUGUGAACUAA